CUGCUACACCCGUCACCCCGGGGGGAAACACCCGGAAGCUAAGCAGGGGUUAGCCCCGGUGGACUCCCACCUCGUGUCCCCUCCAGGUGCAAGGGGCAGCUGUGUUUGACUCCUGGAUGGGAGACUGCGCCGCGGGGGCAGGUCUCUCCUUGUAGCCUGUGGCACCCCCAGCCCUCGGGGGUGCUGCGCUCUUGCCCCCGUCCCUGUCCUGCGUGAGCAAGCUCGUGUCAGGGUACCCAUGCACCUUAUAGACUAACUCUGUACAGUGCAGGUGCCACACCCCAGACACAGCUGCAUCAUCCCCUGUGGGUCCCAGCACUAGGAGGGUGGGGGUUGCUCUGCUCCUCCCUCGGUCAGUGCAGGUUACCCCCCUGCAGGUGCAGCUGCCCCUCCCCUCCCCAGAGGUGGCUGCCCCCCAGCCCCUGCCCCCACAGACACAGCUCCCUGCUCACAUCCUUAUGGGGACUGAGGCAAUGGAGGCUGAUGCCUGCGGGGUGUUUCAUGCCCUCUGCUGGAGGGACUCAACCAGGCUCCAAGGUGUGUCAUGGCCCCUGUAUGGUCAGCAGGGAAUGGGGAUUCCCCUCUCCAUCCUCUCCUCUCACCCCCGUCAGGUCUUCGAGGACGGGCGGCUCUCGGACCCGGAGACCGACGCGCUGUCUGACUGCUCCUCCCUGGAAGCAGAGGCCAAGAGGGGACCGGGGCCCCUUGCUUUCGUGCCCCAGUCCACCCCGUGCCGGACGCUGGAGCAGCCCCUGGACAGGGGCAGCGAGGACCUGGAGUGGGACCCCUCGGUGGAUGUUGGGGGGUCGACCUCCCAUGAUGACGAGGACUCGUCUUAUUACAGCGCCAUCACUGGUUCAUGGGAAGAGUCAAGAUGGGGCCCCUCCUGCCAGCUGUGCAGCUCCCCCCGCUCCAGAUGUGGCCCAGAGGAUGCCCAGCCGGGCUCCCUCCUGGCCAGGGACAAGGCACACCUUCCUGUAGCAGUCCCGAGGGCCGCAGACGCCGCCGGGGACAGCUCCGGUGAGUGCGAGGCCUGGCCUGUUGGAGGGAGGUGCCUAAAUCCCCUAGUCUGCCUUCCAAACUCAGCACUCACCCCUGCUCCCUGCCUCCUCGUUUCAAUACAGCCCCCUUCUGACGCACAGAAGAGUUGUUCCCCCGCCCCGGGAGGGGAAGCCGGGGCUGCCCCUGGUUUAAGUGAUGUGACCAAGACCACAGCUCCGGUGAGUGCGAGGCCUGGCCUGUUGGAGGGAGGUGCCUAA